GGUACACACACAAACACCACAUUCUAGCUGACACAUCUAAAGUCCGAGCUGUUUGACGAAGACUUAACAACGGCAGACGUGACCGUCGUUGGGAAGUGUCUAACUAGGACAUCGUCCCAACUUGUGACGACCGCGGUGUAUUUGAGAGUGAUUACUAUACUUGGAUUGGUCUUGAUAACAGCCAAGUACGUGUGAUAUGGAUACCGCAGUUGCUAGUGGUAACGAUAAUGGCGUUGUCGAUUACGGUACCGAUCCCGAAACGGAAGAAAAGAAGAAACAUCAUUUAGUGCUCACAAAGAAAUUGCACGCACACUAUUCUCAGCAACUGAAUUCAUGUCUCGUGUCACUCAGUAAGUUCGAAAAGGCUACGAAGCUCUUUAUCAUAGCUUUGAGAUCAAUCCGCACUGAUGACGUAGACAUUAUCCCAACGCUGCGAUACGUCGAGGAGAAACUCAAGGAAUGCACAGACGAUCCGGAAAUGACGAACACUUACAUAAUCAUUGACGCUUUCUUACAAAAUAUUCAUAAUUUUAGGAUAUUUCGACAACAGAUUAAGAUGAAUAUUUACCUCACUAUGAAGAACUUCCCAGAAGAACUAAUGAACAGUGUUCAAAAACGCACUUACGAUGAGCUGGAAGUUAUGCUGAACACCUGGUCCACUUUGACCUCACGUGAUUACGACCUAUCAAAGAUUGAACACUCUUCUGUUGAGGAUCAUCAUGAAUUGUUUGACGACGAGGCAGAGAUAAAAACGUAUCAGGGUAUUAUGAGUGUUUUACCAAAAUUAGCUGAUAUGGCGAAUAGAAUAGACUUUCUACUGAUAAAAUACCAGAUGUAG